GUUUGGGCGUCUUCAUGCUCUGCAACGCCAAGUGCCCGGGUGGUAUCAAGGGCGCAGGGAUUCUAGGUGGCACGCUGAGCGCAUUAAACCCAUUGACGCUCCUGUCCAAGAAGGAUGAAGAGGACGAGAAGGAGGCGUCUGAAGAUCCUGACCCACAGAAAAAGAUGUUUAAGCAAGUAGACUUCAUA